GACUAAUUAUCGCGCCGAGGGGUUUGGACGACUCGACGACAUCGAUACGACGACAUAAACGAUCUUCUCGACGACAAUCGCUCUGCCACUCGUUAUCGCAAUAUUCGAUUCACCGUUCCCCGCACUCUCACUCACUUUUGGAUCUACGUAAUUCCUGCAACAACAACCGUGCAGUGAUCUCUACUCGCCCAUCAUGUCUGGCUUCGGCGACUUCACCUCGAUCUGUGAGACGGCACCUCUGCCACUAUGCGCUUCCGUUGGACCUACACUCCAAGCCACCGGCCGUACCGGUAUUGAGCCAGAAUGCUAUGCACGCAAUAUCGAACUUGCCAACACCAUCAUUUUCGAAGGCGCUGCGUCGGUGAUGCACAUUGUUGCGCUCAUUAUGACCGUCAUCAUGAUUCUCCACGUCCGUAGCAAGUUCACCGCUGUUGGUCGCAAAGAGAUUCUCAGCUUCUUCUACCUCUAUAUGCUUCUCACUGCUAUGUCUCUCAUUAUCGACGCUGGUGUUGCUCCUCCGGGAAGCGACCCGUAUCCGUACUUUGUCAGUGUGCAGAAUGGACUUAGCAGUGCAGUUAUCACAUGUCUUUUGAUCAAUGGCUUUGUUGGAUUCCAAUUGUAUGAAGAUGGAACACCUCUGUCAGUAUGGAUGAUGCGCAUCAGUUCUCUGGCUGCUUUCGCCAUCAGCUUCCUCGUUUCUCUCGCAACUUUCAAGAGCUGGGCUGGACUUGGACCUACCAACACCGUUGGACUGUUCGUUGUUCUCUAUCUCUUGAAUGCCGUCCAGCUUUUCGUGUACGUGGCCAUGCAAAUUCUGCUUGUGACUAGGACACUGCAGGACCGAUGGCCUCUCGGCGAUAUUGCGUUUGGUAUCUUCUUUUUUGUGGCUGGCCAGGUCCUUCUCUACGCUUUCAGCUCGAAGAUUUGUAUCGCUAUCAGCCAUUAUCUUGACGGCCUGUUCCUCGCGACAGUUUGCAAUUUGCUGGGCGUUAUGAUGGUUUACAAGUACUGGGAUUCGAUCACCAAGGAAGAUCUUGAGUUUUCAGUUGGCACAAGGAUGAACAACUGGGAGGUCAAGGAGCUGCUGCCAGAGGAAGACCGAAGGGCGACUGUCUUUUCGGAGGAUCCCUAUGCUCAAUCCAGCUCCUAUGAUCUGCCUUACUCGCCAGGCGUGGCACGAUACUCGGCCAAGUACUAAACGCUCUGACCACCAGAACAACUUUGACGCCAUUAACGAGACUUCAUUUUCUUCUGUUUUGAUUCAGCGCGUGGCGCG